AUGGCUGGCACAGUGCCGCCGGGCUGGUGGCGGGAAGGGAAGGGCAGAUGGUCCCCAGGGAGCCCCGAGCCGGGCUCUGCGAGGGACGGCUGCUCCAUAAGGGCCAGGGACCCGGAGGCUGAGCGCACUAACAGACCCGUCAGCCAGCGAGCAGGGCAGGCGGUGGCGGGCUUACCAAGGGCCCGGAUCAUCCGGCAGGUCUGCAGUGAUGAGGCGGGUCUGGGGUCAAGCUGGGAAGCCGCGAGGCACUUCGACACCAGCACGACAGAGCCCAUCAGCUUCUUCUUGUCCGGGCUAGAGGAGCUGCUGGCCUGGCAGCCCGAUGGCAACGACGACUUCAACAUCUCCGCCGUGCCGCUGGCCAAGCGCCAGCCCCCGCUCCACAGCAAGAGGCCCCGGACAUUGGUGUGCCAUGACAUGCGUGGCGGAUACCUGGAAGACAGGUUCAUCCAGGGCUCAGCCACACGCAACCCCUACGUCUUCUACCACUGGCGGUAUAUCGACAUCUUCGUCUACUUCAGCCACCACACCGUCACCAUCCCGCCCGUGUGCUGGACCAACGCGGCGCACAGGAACGGCGUCCCUGUGCUGGGUACAUUCAUCACCGAGUGGACGGACGGGGAGAAGCUGUGCGAGGCGUUCCUGGCCGGCGGGGCGGAGGCGUACCGUGCCGUGAGCGAGCAGCUGGCCCGCAUCGCCCAGCACUACCGCUUCGAUGGCUGGCUGGUCAACAUAGAGAACACACUGAGCGCGGCGGCGGUGGCGAACCUGCCCCUCUUCCUGCGGCACUUGACGGCGCAGGUGCACAGCGCCGUGCCGGGGGGGCUGGUGAUCUGGUACGACAGCGUCCUGCAGAACGGCGCGCUGAGAUGGCAGAACGAGCUGAGCGAGGACAAUAGGGUGUUCUUUGAUGCUUGCGACGGGCUGUUCACCAACUACAACUGGAAGGAGGAGCACCUGGAGCGCACGCGUGGGCUGGCCGGGCCGCGCCACACCGACAUCUAUGUCGGCAUUGACGUCUUUGCCCGCGGGGAUGUGAUCGUUGGUGGCUUCGACACUGAUAAGUCCCUGCGCCUGAUCCGCCGGCACGGCCUCUCCGCGGCCAUCUUCGCUCCCGGCUGGGUCUACGAGCACCUGGGGGAGGAAAACUUCCUGCACAACGAGAACAAGUUCUGGGGCUCGCUGGCUGAGUACCUGCCCACGCACAGCAUCUGCACGCUGCCCCUUGCCACCACCUUCAGCCUGGGCAUGGGCACCAGCAGGUUCCUGGAUGGGAAGGAGGAAGAGGCCGGGCCCUGGUAUGACCUGAGCGCGCAGGAGAUCCAACCCCUCUACCCGGAGCGCGAGGGCAGGCUGAGCACCAGCUGCUGCCUGCAGGACGCCUGGUGCGGGGGCAGCUCCCUGAGGGUGGAGGGGACCAUCCCCCCCGGCGAGGAGCGCGUGGCCAUCCGCCUUUUCUCUUUGCAGAUGCCGGCACCCCCCAAGCUCUUCCUGACCCUGCUCUACAAGCUGGAGGGGUGGCACCCCGACGAGCUCGCGGUCGCGCUGGAGCUCACCACCUGGGACUCGGGUACCUGCUACGAGGGCAACAUCACCUCCCUGCCCG